AUGUACGCCAAGGGCAAGGGCUCCGGCGUGCCCUCGGACGGCCAGGCCCGCGAGAAGCUGGCGCUGUACGUCUACGAGUACCUGCUGCACGUGGGGGCCCAGAAAUCCGCCCAGACCUUCCUGUCGGAGAUCCGAUGGGAGAAGAACAUCACGCUGGGAGAGCCCCCCGGCUUCCUGCACUCCUGGUGGUGCGUCUUCUGGGACCUGUACUGUGCUGCUCCCGACCGCCGGGAAACCUGUGAGCACUCCAGCGAGGCCAAAGCCUUCCACGACUACAGCGCGGCGGCGGCUCCCAGCCCGGUGAUGGGGACCCUGCCCCCCGGCGAGGGCAUGCCGGGGGGGCCCAUGCCCCCCGCCUUCUUUCAGGGACCUGCGGGCUCUCAGCCAUCGCCCCACGCCCAACCUCCGCCCCACAACCCCGGUGCCCCCAUGCUGGGGCCGCACAGCCAGCCCUUCAUGUCCCCCCGCUAUCCCGGCGGCCCCCGGCCCCCGCUCCGGAUGCCGAACCAGCCUCCGGUGGGUGUCCCCGGCUCCCAGCCGCUGCUGCCCAACGCCAUGGAUCCGGCCGCGCGGUCGCAGGGGCAUCCCGGCAUGGGGGGCCCGAUGCAGCGCAUGAACCCCCCGCGAGGCAUGGCCGGCAUGGCCCCCCAGACCUACGGCAGCGGGAUGCGGCCCCCCCCCAGCUCGCUGGCCGGCCCUGGCAUGCCCGCCAUGAACAUGGGCCCCGGCGGCCGCGGGCCCUGGCCGAACCCCAACACCAAUUCUAUCGCCUACUCCUCCUCAUCCCCCGGGAACUACGUGGGCCCUCCCGGGGGUGUUGGCCCCCCCGGCACCCCCAUCCUGCCCAGCCCCGGAGACUCCACCAACUCCAGUGAGAACAUGUACACCAUGAUGAACCCCAUCGGGCCCGCGGGGAGCCGGCCGAACUUCCCGAUGGGGCCCGGACCCGAGGGGCCCAUGGGUGGCAUGAGCACGAUGGAGCCGCAUCACAUGAACGGAUCCUUAGGCUCCGGGGACAUGGACGGGCUGCCAAAGAGCUCCCCCAGUAACCUGGGGGCCCUGAGCAACCCCCCCGGCACCCCGCGGGACGACGCCGAGCUGAGCAGCAAUUUCUUAAACCCCUUCCAAAGCGACAGCUACUCGCCCAGCAUGACAAUGAGCGUGUGAGCCCAGCGCCGAGGCCGCCGACAGCCAGACGCCCACACACACCAGAGAAAAAAUAAUU